AUGGGCUGUAACGGUACUGGCAACAGCAGCAGCGGGAGCAGUGGCGGGAGUGGUGGUGCUGGUGCUGGUGCUGGUUUGAGGGGGAGAGAGGUGGGGCCGACAGUGGCUUUGGUGUGUGAGCUGGCGAGACGGCACAACAUGGUGAUUAUAAGCCAUGUGCUCGAAAGGGAUGUGACGCACGGCGACACUGUGUGGAACACUGCCGUUAUCGUGGGCAACAAAGGGAACAUCAUUGGGAAGCACCGCAAGAAUCACAUUCCGCGGGUGGGUGACUUUAACGAGAGCACCUACUACAUGGAGGGCAACACGGGCCACCCGGUGUUUGAGACGGAGUUUGGGCGAGUGGCAGUCAACAUCUGCUACGGCCGCCACCACCCCCUCAACUGGAUGGCCUUUGCUCUCAACGGAGCGGAAAUCAUCUUCAAUCCGUCUGCCACUGUGGGAGGGCUCAGUGAACCGCUGUGGCCAAUCGAGGCGCGGUGUGCAGCCAUAGCCAACAGUGUGUUUGUGGGGGCAAUCAACCGCGUCGGCACAGAGACCUUCCCCCACGCCUUCACCUCGGGGGACUGCCGGCCUGCCCACAGCGACUUCGGGCAUUUCUAUGGCUCGUCCUACUUCGCUGCUCCUGAUGGCUCGCGCACCCCCGCUGCCUCUAGGUGCCGGGACGGGCUCAUGAUCGCCGACCUAGAUUUGAACCUGUGCCGCCAGGUGCGGGACAAGUGGGGCUUCCAGAUGACCGCCCGCUACGACAUGUACCGGGAUCUUUUGGACCGAUACUGUCGCCCGGAUUUCCAGCCACAGAUUGUCAGAGACCCCACUCUCCCACCUGUGUAA